AUGUCAAAUUAAACUCAUCCCAUAAAGGAACUACUAGAAAAUCUAUCUUAAUAACACAAAGACUAUAAAUUAUUUAAAUAGCUCAUCAAAAGAUAAAGCAAGGCUCUAGAACAAUUUAACAAUGAAUUGAUUUAAAUUAGUCGCUAAUUUAAUAGUGAACUUUUUAAUGGCAUUCAUUAUCAUUUAUCUCAAUUUUAAAGUGACUUAUAGAAUUAAUAUGCCUUACUUAAAGAACUUGGCAAACAUUUCUAUGAAAUUAAAUAGGAAGUACUGUUUUGUAUUUAAAAUAGGCGCAAUAUUACUCUAAAAAUUAUACUAAAUUUGAAUCAAAACUUAAUUCUACUUCCAAUAAUGAUGAAAAUUCAUUAAAAAUUAAAUAAGCCCUAUAAGAAACAACCAACUUUUGGGCUUAGAAAUAAGAAUAUUCAGUUAUUAGAAUUAAUGAUAUGUCUUCUAAAGGGGAAGAUUUAAUUAAAAGAACUAAUAAUUUAAUUUUUAAAUUUUCUGAAAAGCAUCUAUUCUUUAUCGAUAAUUAUAAGACUCUAUCAGGUAGAAAAAGCAGAAACUCAUCAUGUAAUAAAACAUCCAUUUCAUAUUAAUCUGCUUAGAAAUCGAAAGAAAUGACAAGUUUCUAAAGGGACAAAAAUGUUGAUCAAACAAAUUGCUUUUAGGAUGGUUUAUCAAUUCAAGAUUUUGAAUCUUCAUUAAAUACUGUAAGUAUUAUUGAAAAGGAAUAAAAUGAGAAAGAAGAGAAACGCAGUUUAAAAAAAUGGUUGUGA